AUGGCUCUGACGAUGAGAGCAGCGGCCGCCGCCGCGCCCCGCGGUUUGCGCCGCUUUUUCUGUUCCAACCCAAUCCCGUCUUCUCCCACUUUCCCUUUCACUUCAACGCAGCCUUCGGGAGCUACCUCCGCUCGACAGAUGGCGGAUCCCAACACCAACCUCUUCGUCUCUGGGCUUAGCAAACGUACUACCACAGAGAGACUGCGAGAAGAAUUUCAAAAGUUUGGUGAAGUGGUUCAUGCAAGGGUGGUAACUGAUAGAGUCUCAGGUUACUCCAAGGGGUUUGGUUUUGUGCAAUAUGCUACUUUAGAAGAUGCUGCCAAAGGCAUUGAAGGCAUGGAUGGCAAGUUUUUGGAUGGCUGGGUUAUAUUUGCAGAGUAUGCAAGACCAAGACCCCCACCGGGAGAAGCUGUAAAUAAUAUGACUAAACAGUAUGGCCGACCUUACUAG